AUGAAGAGAGAAAGACACUGGCUAUCAAAUCUGUUACUCUUUGCAAGAGGAUCUGAGCCUUGGCCUGGGAGGCUGCAGGGGAGAGUGGCUAGUGCAGGCCCUAGGCUCUCUGCAGCAACCCCCACUGCGCGGACACACGUGCGCCCCUGCACCCCAACCACAGCCCUGCUCGCUGAGCCAGCUCCACAGACCAUGAGGCUGUUGCUGCUGCUGCUGCUGCUGCUGGGGGCCUGGACCAUCCCAGGGGGCCUUGGGGACAGGGCCCCGCUCACAGCCACCGCCCCCGAGCUGGACGAUGAAGAGAAGUUCUCAGCUCACAUGCCUGCUCACCUUCGCUGUGACGCCUGCAGGGCGGUGGCCUACCAGAUGUGGCAGCACCUGACAAAGGCAGAGACCAAGCUUCACACCCUGGACUCCGGGGGCCGUGGCAAGCUGAGCGAGUCGGUAUACACAGACGUCCUGGACCGGAGCUGCUCCCAGACCUGGCAGGGCUACGGAGUUGGAGAAGUGGACCAGAUGAAACGUCUCAUGGGCCCAGGACUUAACAAGGGGCCGGAGCCGAGCAUCAGUGUGAUCAUCAUGGGGGCGCCGUGGCCCACCAGGCUCUCCAAGACAUGCUUUCACUACCUGGGGGAGUUUGGAGAAGACCAGAUCUAUGAAUCCCACCAACAAGGUCAAGGGGCCCUGGAGGCAUUGCUGUGUGGAGGCCCCCGGGGGGCCUGCUCAGAGGAGGCACCAGUCACAAGGGCAGAGCUCUAGUCCAACUCCUCCUUCCCCUUCCUGGUCAGCCCCUAAAGGGAGCUGGGCUUCCUCUGGAUCUGUCCCCUCCCUUCAGCAGGCUGCCUGGAGGGCGGGGCGGCCUUGUUCUUCUGCGCUGCCACUCUCCCUCCCUCCUCCAGCUUCUGGGCCCUGGGGCCUGGGGGGCGGCCAAGACCUUCCCCUCUGGACUCAAAUAAAACCAGUGACCUCGAAUCCUUCUCUCUGCAAAAGGUGCUUGGGGGGCUGGGAGGAUAGACAUUGGUGUUUCUGCUGAUGUCCCUCCUAGAGAGGGCCAGAUACACGUCCCCACAAUUUCCCAGAGGUAAGUGAGAUCUGUCAUGGCUGGAAAUGUGAGUGAGCUGUCAAAGGCAUAUGGAACCAGCUAUCUGAACGGUUGAAACCCCAGAUCCCUCAUGAGAGAAAAGAAAAAGCCAAGGAAAACUCCAUAAGCAGGCUGCCUGUGGACAUACCCACUGCAACCACUGCGUGCUACUGUGCCCCUCCCAGAACACUAGUCUUCCUGGGUCUACACCCAGCAGCUGCUCACUUUCUAGACUCUGCUUCUGACCCCAGCUAGCAUGG